AUGACCACUCACUGCAGAAGUCCAUGUCAGAGGCAGCGAGAAGCAUUUUUGCUGGCGAGGCCUUCGGCAAAGGAACGCGAAGUAUGGACCUGCUUUUGGCGAUACUUGUGUACACAUUUGAAUCGAUGCUUUUACGUUGGACAGCCUGUUUUGAACAAUCUCAUUCAACUUUCUAUCGCAAUGCUAUAUAACCUCGGAUUGGACAAGCCGCCGCCACCGCCGAAAGACCCGGCUUCAAUGCUUGCUCAUGACAUCAAGAAUACUGGAAACGCAGAAAGGCUCUCAAAGACAACGAACGAGGAGCGGAGGGCGCUUCUGGGGUGUUAUCUUCUAAGUUCAGUGUCUUGCUAUACAUUGGCCAAAGGCAACCCACUGCUCUGGACAGCACACUCGGAGGACUGUCUUCGCACUCUUGAGCACGAAAAGGAAUAUGAUUCUGAUGCCCUUCUUGUUCAACUGGUAAAGUUGCGCCUGCUAUACACGAGAAUAAGUGACGGGUUUGGAACGGAUGGCGUUCUCACCGCUCCUGUUGCAUUCUAUCUCAAGUCGUUCGAGGGACAGCUUCAAAAUUUCAAGAAUAAUAUCCCACCAGAAUUAUCCAAUAAUGAAACUCUCUUACUCGAGUUGUAUGCCACGGAGCGUAGUGUCUACGAAAUUGGGAUGGCACAUGACCACAAUAUCUUCCAAGGCAAAGAGACUCGACGAGUCGAGUGUCUUUGGGCUUGCGCCAAUGCUACGAAUUCUUGGAUCAACAUCUUUCUGUCCAUCCCAGCAGCCGACUAUCCAGGCUUUUCCGCCUAG